GAGUAGCUGGAGAGGGUGCUGGCUGCCGCGCGGCGCAGUGUGCUUUAUGGACCAUGUGCUGCUAUGUAUGCCUGAAAUACUUGAAAUGCAAAUUUGGGGAGACUUUGCCAUCUAAAUGCUUGGCUGGAUUAAGCGUCUGAUUAGGAUGGUUCUUCAGCAAGCUGGAGUAAGCAUGCAAUCGGUACUUUGGUCUGGGAAGCCCUAUGGUUCAUCUCGAAGUAUCGUAAGGAAGAUUGGUACUAAUUUGUCUCUGAUUCAGUGCCCAAGAGUUCAGUUUCAGCUCACCAGCCAGACAGCAGAAUGGAGCCCCAGCCCAGGAGAGGAUGCAGUGGCCUCUUUCGCUGAUGUUGGCUGGGUCGCCAGAGAAGAGGGGGAAUGUUCAACAAGACUAAGGACAGAGGUGAGGUUAAGGCCGACCCUCCAGGAUGAUGAUCCUUUCUUUGAGAAGCCCCCAAGCAGGCAGAUUUCCUUACCAAACUUGUCUCAAGAAGAGCCACAACUGAAGACUACAGCACUGGCCAAUGAGGAAGCACUGCAGAAGAUCUCUGCACUUGAAAAUGAACUUGCUGCUCUCAGAGCUCAGAUUGCCAAAAUUGUCACCCUGCAAGAACAGAAAAACCUCAUUGCAGGACUUCUAGAUUCUACCACAUCUGUUAAAACAGCAGCACCCCCUCCCCCACCCCCUCCUCCCCCUCCCCCACCUCCUCCCCCUGCACUCCACCAAAGUCUGUCUGCCAUUGAUCUGAUUAAAGAGAGACGAGAGAAAAAAGCCAAUGGUGGACAGACUUUGGUUAAGAACAAUCCAAAGAAACCAGACAUGCCAAAUAUGUUAGAGAUCCUUAAAGAUAUGAACAGUGUGAAACUUCGGGCAGUGAAGAGGCCAGAGCAAGAUGUAAAACCCAAACCAGCAGAUGCUACUGACCCUGGUGCCCUAAUAGCAGAGGCUCUGAAAAAGAAGUUUGCCUAUCGGUAUCGAAACGAUGGCCAGGGUGAAGUUGAGAAAGGAGUUCCACAGUGUGAAUCAGAGUCCACCUCAGAGAAGGUGUUGUUUGGACCACAUAUGUUGAGGUCUACAGGAAAAAUGAAGGCUUUAGUCGAAAAUGCCUCCAACUCCUAAUAGAGAGUAUGCUGAGAAAGACUGCGGGGUUCGGCUGCUGGUGAGGGCUGUCUUCGGCUGGUAGAAAGCAACACUAUUUAGUAAAUCCUGACUUUAGUAUCCACUGGGCUCCUUUUUAAACCUAAUUAGGAAGAAGCAAUAUCAAAGUACCAUAAGUUUGGUUUUGCUUGUAUAAGAGGUCUGUUCUGGAGCUCUCCUGGAACAUUGCAUGUUCUGACCUCUUUCUAAUGUGUAGCCAGGAUGUUCGGGUUUCCAGUCUUGAAAAACUUGUAAGAUUACAGACUAUUUAGAAAGGACAUUUGUGAAUGUUAUUGUGCAUUUUAAAUGAACACUAAUUUAUCUGUUCAAAUGUUUUAUAUUGCAUAUAUUUGGAUGUAACAGUGUAUGUAAAAAUCAGUAGUGAAUGACAAGCAGUGGUGGGCACCAGCAUCCUCAUUGUUCUCAAUGAUCAUUUUCUAUUCAGUGAUGGAUCAGCUGCUACGAUAGGGGUUGCUGGAAACUUCUUACCUUGGACAGAGUUUGUAUCUGAGUUUCCCUCACAUUUUGUGGAACCGGGGUUGAGUAAGAACCAGAUGAUGUUCAGUGCUGAAAUUCUAUAAUGCCUUCCACUAAAGGGAAGUGGGGGACCAGGAAAGCUGCCUUCACCUCAUUUUCAUGCAGAGGUGAGGAAGAAAAUGUAGUUUUCAAGUAAGGACAGGCUGCAUUGUUGAAUUAAAUCCCUUUUUAAGUAAUAACCGGAAUGUACCACCUUUCCUUUCUGCUUAACGGAUGGCAUCAAAAAGGUGAUGUUUGGCUAAGUUAAUACUUCUGGAGAUGCCAACAUAAUAGAGUUCACAAAGUUAAUAUUUUGGCCAAAUUUUAAAGUUUUUAAUGAAACAUUGAAUAGGCAAAUUUCCUAUUAUUUGUAAUUUAUAGAAUUUUGUUCUAAUGAAUUGUGUUAUGCAGUGUAAACCUCGGGAUGUUAUUAGAAAUGGAGACCUGCCUUUCUCAUCUAGGGCUUCUACGGACUAGCCAGAAGUGAUUAUUUUUAAAUGCUCAAUACAUUCUUAUGAUUUUCUCUCUCUGAUAAAUUCAGCUGUAGUUAGUACCAGACCCUCCUACCAUGAGUAAGUACUUGAAUUAUUUAAUUCUGAGGGAAAAAGUUAUACUUCCUGGGAGGAGUAAGAAACAUCAAGAAUAGACAUUGACCUUUAAGUUAUUAAAAAUACAUGUUGUUCUCCUUAAAUAUUAAAAAACAUUCAUGGUUUGGUUAUUCAGCUUAAAUUUAAACUGGUUUAUUUUAUGUAUUCUUGCAUUGUUUCUAAUUGCUUUAUAUUUAAAUUUUCUAUCUUCAAAGAAGUUAAGAAAAUUCAUCUGACAUAUUUGGACCUCCCAAGAAAGUGAAAUUUGUAUCAGUAUUUAAUUUUGGCUACUUGCUUCAACUUGGUUAUUUUAAAAUAAAGCAAACUUUUCCUUGGACUGUGCUGCCUAUUUUUUAUU